AUGUGUGAUGAUAACCAGACGGAAGCAGUAGAAUUUGUACUUUUGGGGUUCAGAGAACUUCAUAACUUCAAAAUACUGCUCUUCACUCUGUUCCUGCUAACUUACAUUGCGAUAAUGACUGGAAAUCUGAUCAUUAUACUAGUGGUGUCCACCAGCACACAUCUUAAUGUUCCAAUGUUUUACUUCCUAAAGCAUUUGGCCUUAACUGAUGUGAUAUUCACCACCAGCAUCAUCCCAUUUAUGCUCCAUGUCAUACUGGUGGGAGAGAGGACAAUGUCAGUUUAUGCCUGUAUAAUUCAGCUCCAUGUUGUUGGUGUUACUGGAAGUGCACAAUGCUUUCUUCUUGCUGUAAUGUCAUUUGAUCGAUACAUGGCUAUCCGUAAGCCUUUGAACUACACAUUAAUAAUGACUCCUAGACUUUGCCUGCUGUUGGUUGUCGGAUGCUGGUUAUCACUUCUUACUUUAGUUUCAAUUGAAUUGUUUUUUAUUUACCAAUUCAAAUUCUGUGGACGCAAUUAUAUUGACCAUUUCUUCUGUGAUUUUGCUCCUCUUGUAAAACUCACGAUUUCUGACAUAUCCAUCGUAAAGUUCACUGAUAUUUUUCUCAUAAUUUCUCUAAUGUUCAUCCCAUUUGUUUUUAUAAUUAUUACGUAUAUAUUAAUUUUCUUCUCCAUUAUGAAAAUUCCAUCUGUAACUGGAAGAAGAAUGUUCUUUUCCACUUGUAGUUCCCACUUGUCCUCUGUGUGCACGUAUUAUGUGACCAUGAUUAUAAUUUAUGCAGUUCCAUCAGGAGCAGAGUCUGAAAAUAAGUUCAGAACAUUAUUGUAUUUUUUAUUGACUCCACUGAUGAAUCCCAUAAUAUACAGUUGGAGAAACAAGGAAAUUAGGGGAGCUCUGAGAAAGUUACCUACAAUUGUUUUCUUAAAUUGGUGA